AUGGCAGACGAAGGCCUCAACAUAUACGAUGAGAUCGAAAUCGAAGACAUGACCUUCGACCCGGCCAUGCAGAUUUACACGUUCCCGUGCCCAUGCGGCGACCGCUUCGAGAUUUGCAUCGAUGAUCUGCGCGACGGCGAGGAGAUCGCUGUGUGUCCCAGCUGCAGUUUGAUGAUUCGCGUUAUCUUUGACUUGGCCGAUCUUCCCAAGGCGGACAGUGAUCAGAAUGCGGAAGCCGUUGCUAUCCAGGCGUGA